AUGAAUGGCAUCACCCGCCUGAAUGCUCCCCUGUCUCUGCUCUCCAUUUGUGCUGGCUUGCCUGCCAGCGACCGCCUUGCCCGUUCUCUUCCAACCGCACAUGUCUUAGCUUCCUCUCCUGUCUUCCAUCUCCUCUUGCCCACCCCCUCUCUCCUCGUUUAUCUGCCCUCAUCCUGCACCACUCCACCCAACCCAGCUGUUCCUGCCUCCAUCCGCAAUCCCGUACAGCUGUGCGCUCACAUGCGUCUCCUGGCUGUUGUCUUCUUUGUGCUGACCAAGUUCUACCAACACAUCUUGUCCUUGGUUUUUGCUGUAAGAGAGAUCAAUGAGAAUCCCAAGAUCCUCCAGAAUGUCACCCUUGGAUUCCACAUCUAUGACAGCUACAACCAGCCCCACAUGACCUAUAAUGCCAUCCUGGAUCUUCUCUUCAAAUCCCAUAGAUUAGUCCCCAACUAUGAAUGUGAUACCCACAGAAAAAUCUUUGCUGUCAUCGGGGCACUUGACUUUGAUACCUCACUCCGCAUGGCAAAUAUUUUAAAUCCCUACAAGAUUCCACAGCUCACAUAUGGCUCCUUUGUCCCAGCAGCAAAUGAAGUGAUGGAGCGCCCAUCUUUUUAUCACAUGGUCCCAAAUGAGGCUCAUCAAUAUAUGGGAAUUAUCCGCUUGCUUAAACUUUUCGGAUGGACAUGGGUUGGGUUCUUUGUGGAAGAUGAUGAGCAGGGUGAAUGUUUCCUGCAGGUCCUGGAGCCACUGCUUUCCCAAUAUGGGAUUUGCACAGACUUCACUAGAAGAAUUCCUGGCCAAGAACAGUUUUCUUCUGCAAGUGAAACAAAUCCUGUAGCCCAUUCUAUGUAUCAACUGAUUAAUUUUAGGAAAUCUAGAGUAUUUGUCAUCUAUGGUGAAACAUACACCAUUCAGUAUAUUAUGUAUUUUAUAAAUGGCAAAGGAGCUCCUGAACGUAAGGCAAAUGCAUUGGCUGGAAAGGUGUGGAUUAUAACAGCCCAGAUAGAUUUUGUGCUGGCAAGCAUUAGUUGGGACUCAGAUCUACAGUUUUUCCAAGGAGCCAUUUACUUCUCCAUUCAUUCCAAUGAAGUCCCUGGAUUCCAGAAAUUUGUUCAGAUGCUAAAACCAGAUUGGACGCAAACGGGUGGUUUCCUCUGGGAAUUCUGGGAGCAAGCAUUGGACUGUUCAGUUCCCCAUCCCAUGGGAGGAUGCAUGGGUGAGGAGGAGCUGGGAAGACUCCUUGGGCAUUCUUUUGAAAUGUACAUGACUGGCCACAGUUACAGUAUUUACAAUGCUGUCUAUGCUGUGGCACACGCUUUACAAGCAUUGUGCUCAUCUAAGUUCAACCAAAGAUCAAUAGUUGAGGGCAAAAAAGGUGACCUAAAAACUCUGCAGUCUUGGCAGGUACUACCCAUUUCUGUCUGUAGUGACUCCUGCCAACCAGGUUAUCAGAAAAGAAAUAAGGAAGGGGAUAAAUUUUGCUGCUAUUAUUGUGAUUCAUGUCCAGAAGGGAAGAUUUCAAACCAAACAGACACAGAUGACUGCUUCAAAUGCCCAGACAAUCGGUAUCCAAGCAAAGAUCAGGAUCAAUGCAUCCCUAAAGUUAUCAGCUUCCUGUCAUAUGAAGAACCAUUAGGAAAAAGUGUAGUGUCAGUUUCUGUUUGCUUUUCCCUGAUCAUAGCCUUGGUUUUGCAAACUUUUAUUAAACACAGAGAUACUCCUAUUGUCAAAGCCAACAAUCGGGCCCUCACCUACACUCUCCUCCUCUCCCUCCUGCUUUGCUUCCUCUCUUCUUUGCUUUUUCUUGGACAACCUAGGAAGAUGACUUGCCUUCGCCAACAGCCAUUGUUUGGUUUUAAUUUUUCAGUUGCAAUUUCUUGUGUGCUGGCCAAAACCACCACUGCAAUUGUAGCUUUCACAGCCAUCAAACCUGCGCCCAACAUGCGAAAAUGGGUGGGGAAAAGACUGGCAAUUUCCAUUGUAUUUUCUUGCUCCAUUAUGCAAGCUGGCAUUUGUGCCAUCUGGCUGACAACUUCUUCCCCAUUUGUUGACCUGGACAUGAAAUUGCUGUCUGAAGAAAUCAUUAUGGAAUGUCGUGUGGGAUCCAUCAUCAUGUUUUACCUUGUCCUCGGCUACAUGGGACUUCUGGCCAUCAUCAGUUUUUCUGUAGCUUUCUUUGCCAGAAAAUUACCAGACACUUUUAAUGAAGCCAAGUUCAUCACCUUCAGUAUGUUGGUGUUUUGCAGUGUUUGGUUGUCAUUUGUUCCAACCUACCUGAGCACAAAAGGGAAAUACAUGGUAGUUGUGGAGAUCUUCUCCAUCUUCGCCUCCAGUGCUGGCUUACUGGGCUGUAUCUUUUUUCCCAAGUGCUACAUCAUCAUUGUAAGACCUGACCUGAAUAUGAGGGGUCGGUUAAUUAAGAGAAUCAGUUAA